GGCCGCCGGCCGAUAGCAUCUCGGCGGCCGCGCGUUAAGGCGGGGGAGAGCACGGGCCCGGCCGCAGAGAGCCGCCGCGACGGGACGGAACGAGACGGGACGGGAAGGAAAGGAGCGGAGCAGAGCCGAGUCGAGCCGCCCCGGCGGGGCUCGCCAUGGAGUACACACCGCCCCCGAAGCCGCAGCUCUCGUCGCGGGCCAACGCCUUCUCCAUCGCCGCCCUCAUGUCGAGCGGCAGCUCCAAGGACAAGGAGGCCGCCGAGAGCACCAUCAAGCCUCUGGAGCAAUUCGUUGAGAAGUCCUCCUGCGCGCAGCCUCUGAGCGAUCUGUCCGGCCUGGAACCUCACGGAGACUUCAGCGGCAGCCCCUCGGCCCUGUGCACCGAGCCCCUCAUCCCCACCACCCCCAUCAUCCCCAGCGAGGAGAUGGCCAAAAUCUCCUGCAGUCUGGAGACCAAGGAACUGUGGGACAAGUUUCACGAGCUGGGCACCGAGAUGAUCAUCACCAAGUCCGGCAGGAGGAUGUUUCCCACCAUUAGGGUUUCUUUCUCGGGAGUGGAUCCUGAAGCCAAGUACAUCGUGCUAAUGGAUAUCGUUCCGGUGGACAAUAAGAGAUACAGAUAUGCCUACCACCGCUCCUCCUGGCUGGUGGCUGGGAAAGCCGACCCCCCACUCCCAGCAAGGCUGUACGUGCACCCCGACUCCCCGUUCACAGGUGAGCAGUUGCUGAAGCAGAUGGUGUCGUUUGAGAAGGUGAAGCUGACGAACAAUGAGCUGGAUCAGCAUGGCCACAUCAUUUUAAACUCCAUGCACAAGUACCAGCCAAGAGUCCACAUCAUUAAGAAGAAAGAUCACACAGCUUCCUUGUUAAAUCUGAAAUCUGAAGAGUUCAGGACAUUUAUCUUUCCAGAGACAGUUUUUACUGCUGUCACAGCCUACCAGAAUCAAUUGAUAACCAAGUUGAAAAUUGACAGCAACCCUUUUGCCAAAGGAUUCCGUGACUCUUCCAGACUCACUGAUAUCGAGAGAGAAAGUGUGGAGAGCCUUAUCCAAAAGCAUUCCUAUGCCCGAUCCCCGAUUCGAACCUAUGGAGGAGAAGAUGAUCUGGGAGAUGACAGCCAGGCUACGCAAAGCAGAGGAUCAGCUUUUACAACAUCUGAUAACCUGUCCCUCAGUUCCUGGGUAUCCUCUUCAACGAGUUUUCCUGGAUUUCAGCAUCCCCAGUCCUUGAGUGCCCUGGGUACCAGCACUGCAUCCAUUGCUACACCUAUUCCCCAUCCAAUCCAAGGAUCCUUGCCUCCAUACAGCCGCUUGGGAAUGCCUCUUACGCCCUCUGCAAUAGCCAGCUCCAUGCAAGGUACUGGCCCCACUUUCCCUUCCUUCCACAUGCCAAGGUACCACCAUUAUUUUCAGCAGGGUCCUUAUGCAGCCAUCCAGGGACUGCGUCACUCCUCUGCAGUGAUGACACCAUUUGUAUGACUGAUGUAAGAUGACAGAAACAUAAGAUUUUACAUGUGCAAGCUUGGUAUGAAAAGAAUACAAGGGACCUUCUAAAAAGGCCUGUGGUGGGAGACUGCUGAACUCUAACCAGCUAAGAAAAUACGUUGUGGAGAAUGAUUCCUCCAUUGAGGGAUCACAAGAAGAAAGCAUGCAGCUUGGAGCUGCUCACAGACCUAUGUGUAACACAGUCAAAACAAAUCCCAGAGUUCCCAGGAUUUCUGGUCAUGUGCAGGUUGUUCCAAAGGUUCAUUAUGCCUAGUGGAAAGAGACUAUGUUCAUGCAGCAGUGUACAAAUGAAUUGUGUAUGAGUCUUUUUCUGUAUGCUAGAAGGAUUCUGAAAAAGGCAAUUCUCUUAUUCAUUCUCACCUCUUCUUGUGAUUAAUGAGCAUCUAAACAGAGAAAUGUAUCACUGUAACUUUGAGCAUGUUUUAGGCUAUCUCAGCAUGAGGUUGCUGGGGAUGGGACAAAGUGGAGAAGGCCACUGUCCAUUUUAAAAGUCUGGCUUAUACUCACCAAGAGCAGUAUUUCAUAAUUGCUACUAUAAUCUCAUAGAGAAAAAUCAUUAGCAAGUAUUUAUUUCUUCCUUUUAUCUUUCUUUGUUUCUUUCACAAAACACUUAACAGUUCCAAGAACUGUGUUACAGGAUGGUAGCAGUAAUGAUGUAUUCUGUUCUGCUUGUCUCAUAUCCUAGGAGGAGCAAUUUAGAAGUCCAUUAAGAUAUGAUGAAGGAAAACAUUGAGUUUAAAAUCCAUUGCUUUUAAACUUAGAAACUGAAGACACUAAAAUUUUAAGCCAAAGCUACUGUUUGCUGCUGUGCUUGCCAUCUGUGUCCGGCCGCAAAUGGGUGCCAUUAUUUAACAGAAUUUCAGGUUAGAUCAGUCUAUAUCUAGACUCUAGAUAAAACUAUAAUCAAUAGAUUCACAUAAAAAUAGCAGUAUCUUGGAGUAUCUUUCUACUUACUCUGUUUUCUUGGGUAUGGUCACAGGUGUUACUAGACAAGCUGUUUGACCAGGACACAAGAGCUGUACUGUUGAGUUUUUCAAGUCCCAGUUUGCUUGGGGAAAUAUUGAUGAGAUUUGCCUAUAAUUUUAUUAUUAUUAUUCAUAUCUGCCUUAUUUUAGUUAGUAAGAAGUGUUCUCAUUGAAAAUACUGUUCACUUUUUCUAGUAUAUUGUGUCUGAUGCAACAAAGGAUCUGUGGAUUCAUAGGGAAGAAUGACCUCUGCAGUGAGCUAGCAUGAAUCCUUUGCACUGUUGAAAAGAGAACUGGUGUGAUGCCAGUUUACUGCCUGGUGGGAACUACGAUUUCACUGUAAAGAAGAAGUCAACACAGAUUUGCUGUGUGUUGUUGCAUCCAAGUUAUAGAUGGUAAAACUUCUAUUUGUAAAAAAAAGAACCUGCAGUCCAAUCUUAUAUAUUAAAAGAUUUGCGUAGAGCUGGAACAGAUGAAAAACCAUACAUUUUUGGCACUAUACUUCUCUACUCUUGACCAGUGGGUGUUGGUGACAUAAAAUGAAAAGUACAGUGCAAUGCACUGAGUGAAGUGCAGGGCAAGUCACCAGCUUUUGUUGUUGUCCCAGUGCUUCAUCAUACCAGCUCAAUCACAGACAGCGCUGACAACAUCCAAGAGUUUUCCCAGCUUCUGUUAUAGGGCCAAUGCAUACAUUCAAAGAUAAGAACCAUCUGUGUAUUUUCCAGUAGCUGAAUUUAAGAUAUUUCAAAUUAGCCAUUACCUUAUGGCCUUAGUCAUUUGCAGUAUCAUCCUAAUUUCCCUUUACUCAUUGUUGGCAAUGCUAAUAAAAAAUGACCUGGGAAAAUCCGCAGCUUGCACGUGAAUGAAACCAACUUCUAUUUGUAGUCUCUGAGUUUAGCAUUAAUACAAGCAGUUCUGUAAAAACAUGUAACGAGUCAAACUCUGUAGUUUUUAAAUGAUGUAGAAUCAGACACUGACUAAAUUGUCUUGAUAUAUCUAAACAUUAAAAUUUGCUCUAGUUUAUAGAUUCACCUGGAAAGUGCAUACUGUAGGGUUGUGCAUGUUCAUGACCUGUUCUAACAUAAAAAUACUAUUUUUCAUGAAGUUAUAUGAUACUAGAAAAAUCUAGAUUAUACUAGAAAAGAGCUGCAAGAAAAUACCUCUUUAAAUACAUACCCAAUUCUACAUACAUGAGAAUUUCAGGGUAGAUUUGGAAGGAAACUUUAAUGUCUCUCCUUCAACUGCUUGACUUCUGUAAAAUAAUGUGGAAUCAUAGAAUCACAAGUUUGGAAAUGACUUACAAGAUCAUCUAGUCCAACCGUAAAUAUGUGCAGCUGUAUGAAGGUUCACCACAGUCUGUGGGAAAGAUCUGUUUUUCAUAUCUAUUUCCUUCUGCGACUCCAUUAACUUACAGUGAAUAUGUCUAGGUCCAGAAAUCAAGCCAGUAGCUUUAGUCCUGAUACUUACGCUACAAAGUGGUCAAGUAGGAAGGCAGCUUUUACAUGGCUUCAGAAAUAAGUUUGUAACAGGUGGGUUAGUUUAGACAAGCUGUUCAGGUUAUGUAAAGACUACCCAUACAUUGACCUGUCCUUCCUUUGUGACUACAAAUUUUCUGUGAUGAGGUUUACAUUAAAUAUGAUCAAGUAAGGUUUCUGCAGAACUAUCAGUCAAAUCCACAGCCUGAUAUUUCCAGUCAGGUCAAGGCUCUCUCCACUCAGCUUCUUCUCACCCUUCUAUGGGCAACAAGAGAGUGAUUCCAAGAUGAAAUUACUGCUGCUCUUAAGACAGUGGUAAAUUUCUUGACUGUAAGCGAGACAGGAUUUCAUUCAAAUUUGCAUUCUUUCCUAAAAAUAAAGUCUAUCUGCAUGGAUGGUGGUUAUGACAGCAGCAUUAUAGGAUCUUUGCAAAGCAAACUAAAAAACAGCUAUUAAUCAGCUUUGGCAUUGACUGCGUAACUGGAAGAACUUAAUGUAAAUGUGUGAUUAAUUGGUUAAAGGACAAAAUUGUUUUGCUUAAAAUUGCACUACUUUGCAAGCAACUCAGUAAUUUAUUUAAGGAGUUGCUGUGCUGCUGUCACAAUUCUAUCACUUUCGGGACAGAACAUCUGUUUGCUGGUAGAUGUUCUAGGAAUGCCAAAUGUAACGUAGAGUUUAUUUUCCAAUAUAAUGCACAUUUUAUAUCCCAUGAGAAGUGCUCUUCACCUUUAUGAGCUAUAUUGGCUGAGCAAACCCAUGCUGCUUAGUGGGGUUUUUUAUUAUUGUUGUUUUAUUGAAGAAGGGUGGAGAGAACAUGCCUGAAUAUGCUUUUCAAAAAGAAUGAUAAGAUUAUCUUCCAAGGUGUUAAAAGUACUUUCGGGUGUUUUCAGGAUUACCCUUUUAUCCUUAGACAGUUAACAGCCUUAGGUCUUUUAUCCAACAAAAGCAUCUCAGGCCUAACAAAACUGACAUAAAUACAUUUGUAUAUAUAUUUUUUUCUUCUAGUUUUGGAGCCCUGAGACAAGCUAGAAUCAAAAACAUUUCACAUUUGGCUGUCGGCUUCAUGGUGUUGGUUUACAUGGCCCGAGGAACUCUUAAAGAUAAAAAUUCAGUCUCGUAGGUUUCAGGGUACUCUCCAGACAGAAACAGGCAAACAGGCAUACACUAAGUGGAUAAAGGUGCAGUUUUUAAUGGAAAUGCUUCUUUGUGAGUUCAACUAUAGUGGGCUGUAUGAUAACUAAUGUCCUUAUAGUGGGCUAUAACUAAUGUCCUUGUAGUGGAGCCUAAAAAAUGCAAUGGAAAAUUUUCCCCCAGAAGGGUUUAUUCUUGCAUAAAGGAUACACACAUGCAGUGUGUAUCAUCCACAACCUAUCCAGGAAGGUUGUGACACUGUACGAACAUGUGCACGUAUGAAGAUGGUGCAGCUUCCAACAUCCAACAAACACUAACUGGUAUUUGAAAAUGAACCUCUUUUAAAUUGAAAAAAGUCUGGGCUGUCAACUUGACUAUGUGCCACAUCCUUUGUAUGCACUCUGUGUGCGUUAUAAAGAAUCAGGAAUAUCAUUGACAAUGAUUGCAAAUACACGGGGAGCUUUCCAAAACUGGAAGGUAACGAAGCUGUGGUCAUUCCUUCCUGGACAAGAGGAAGAGAGACAGCGAGGUCAGUGUUAAUACUUUGAGCUCCUUAUCUGGACAAAAAUGUUGGUCUCAGAGCUUAUGCAGAGAGGUGAUGUCCACUCACUGCAAGAUUACGUUUCAUUUUGCUGAGAUGUUUUUCUCACCAUUCCUUACAGAGUGUGUUCUGCUGCAGAAGAUGUGGUUUCUGUACUAUUUACUUGCUGGCCAGAGGAUUUAAGUAUUACUCUGCGAUACACUGUCUCCAAGUAUAGUCUUUACUUUAUGAAACAACAACUUAUUUUCCUUUAUUUUUUCCCUCUAAAAGAAACUAAGCAGUGAUUUAAGUAAACUUUGAAUUAACUUUUUAUAAUACUUUAAGGACAAAAAAUACAGUUUGCUGUAUUUUACCUUUAGCACAUUUAAACAGCUUUUUUUUGUUGUUGUUGUUGUUCUUUUUCUUUUUCAAUUGUACCUUCGGAAACACAAAGAAAGAUUUGGUUUAAGAAUAAGGAAGGUAAAAACUGGAUGUAAUCUCUUUAACAGAAUGUACCGCAGUUCUGCUGUUUGCUGUGUUGACUGUUGUUUAUAAUGCAUUGCGUGAGCACAUUCACCAUGUACUGAAGUGUGUGUUUGUGUGUACGGGGUGGGGUAGGGGGAAAUCUUUUUAUGGAAAAAGAAGUUAUGAACAUAAACUAUGAAGCAACAUCUAAUGAAAAGUUUCUUUUUAAGUGCAAUAUAUUUAUUUCUGCUAGAAAUAUAAUAUCAACAUUAUGUAAUAUUUGAAGCAUUAUAUGUUAUUUGUAAACAGCUUAAAAUUAUAUAUAUAUAUCACAAAAUUGUACAGAAGUGCAAAUGUGUGGAUAUUCAGUUUCUUUCAUUAAAACGUUGGGUGUUUUCA